AUGAAAAGACACCAUAAAAACAGAAUUGAUGUUACUGAUACAAAGGCCCAGGAAACCUUAGAUCCGGCAGGUGUGGGUGAGCUCGCCACACAGGUCGUCAUCACUAGCUCUGGAAAUGCGAAAAUGACAACGGAAACGGAAUAUUUGGAUAAUAAGGAUGCGGACAUUACUAACAGACACUGCUACUCCGUCCCUCUUAGACUAAGGGGAGGGUGCGACGACGAGGGCGGUAUGGAUUACACAGAAUCCAAAAACCAAAGUGGUGACAUGGGCGCCAGCGGCAGUCAAAAGCGUGGCCCACCCUCGCCGGGUGGUCAGGUGACUAAACUGCCCCGCACUAUACAGGCAAACGAAAUGAAUGACCUCAUCGGCUGGAUCGAACUAACAGUAGUUCAAGAGAAAGAAAAGAGAAAGAUUGGCAAAGACGUGGCGGAGAAAAUGCUCGCCAAAAUAAACAGGUUGAGGUCGGUGACCCAGAGCCUAGCAAGCGAUAACAGCAGACUAGCCGGUGAGCUGAAGGGGAAGGACGAAGCCCUCCAGCAAAGUCUAACGGUAUUUAUCGAUAAGCUAGACGCUAAAAAUAACGAAGCGAGUUGCCUGAAAGCAGAGCUGGACUUGCUGAAGUCCACCAGGGAAGUAUCGCGCCCGGUAGCAAUCCAACAGCCCACCUACGCCUCUACGACGGCAAAAACGGCACCUAGGACGGCAGCUGCGCCAGUCACCACAGCUGUACCUCCGGCGAGGUCCAAAAGGGCAGCCGAGAGGGACCGCACUGACAAAAGCAGGAAGGUGAAGGCGGCACCUCGUUUUCUCAUAGAAAUACCUCAGGACGUAACAGUAGCUAGUGCCAAAUCGGAAAUUUGGCAGUUGGUAAGGACAAAAUGUAAAAACCCAAAGGCCAAGACAAUAGUUAGUGGCAAAGCGCUGGUAAUAAUUCCUGAUGAUGCCAAUACGUUGGAGGUGAUGAGAAACAUCGAAAAUGUUGUAGAAAUAAGCCCGAAAAAGCCCCGCGUCAUUAUAUAUGACGUUGACGGAGGGGUGUCCAAAGAAGAACUAACCGAGUGUCUCUUGGCGCAGAACACCGAGCUGGGCAUUACUGCGGAAGAUAUAGAUAAUACGACGCCACUCCACAAAUUGGGUCCGCGCAACAGCGAUGUGGUCCACUGGGUGGUGGAAGUACCCCCAAGCGUACUAACAAAAAUUGAAAAUAAGUCACUGUACAUAGGAAUGACACGAUGUAGGUGCAAAGUGCACAGCUCGUUACCGCAGUGUUAUAAUUGCCAACAGUACGGGCACACAGCCACAAGAUGCGAGAAAAAAUCGCCUACGUGUAGGAACUGCGCGGGCGCACAUGAUUCCCGGACUUGUAAUGAGGAAGGGGUCAGGUGCGUAAACUGCAAAGGACCACACAAGGCGUCAAGCGCGGCCUGCAAAUCCAGAAGCCAAGCAAUUAGAAACCUGCUCAGGCGCACGGACUUCGGCCAGCAAUGA